AUGGCUUCUCCACCCCUAAACCUCUGGACCAUGCUCACCGAAUCGAAGCGCAUCCUCACCGAAUCGAAGCGCAUCAUCAACGCCCACUCCCGCCACUUCUUGGCCCUCUCCGUCGUCUUCCUCCUCCCCAUCUCCUUCUCCUCCGUCGUCUACCCAACUCUCCACAACCUCAUCGCCGAGCGUAUACCGCACAAUACCCAAAAAUUCUUCUUCAGUAUUGACCAACCCUCCUCCCUCCCGACCACCAAGACCCUACUCCUCGCUCUCGCUUUCGCCCUCUUCGUCUUCGUCUUCUCUCUCUUCGCUCUCGGCUCAAUCACCUACAGCGUCUUCCACGGCUUCUAUGGCCGCCCGGUCAAGUUCAUAUCCGCUGUCCGAUCCGUCAGGGUUUCGUUCUGGCCAGUAUUGGGUACUGUUGUUGCUUCCCACAUCGUGUUUUUGUUGGUUGUUCUUGUUGCUGUGCUCUUCUUGUUCUUGGUGGUUGGAGUUUUUGAGAUGGCUGGCCUCGAAAUGGAGUUCUCUUCGCCUUAUUUCGUUGGGCUCUCUGCUGUGGUUGCCAUCUCUGUGUUGCUGGUUUUGUUGUAUCUUCAAGUGAAUUGGACUCUAGCCGGUGUAGUCGCUGUGGUCGAACCGCGUUGGGGGUUUAACGCAUUGUGUCGGAGUGCGAAUCUGAUCCGGGGAAUGCGAGGGGUGGCGUUGUCGUUGGUGGUGUUUUUCGGGGCCUUGUCCGGGAUUCUAGGAUUCUGCAGCACGGUUUCGGAGUUGGGAUUGGUUGGGGCUACUGAUGGGUGGAGGAAUUGGAAGAGUCUGGCAUUUGUGUUGCAGAUUGUGGUGUUUUCGACGGCUCAUAUGCUGGUACUGCUCUAUCAUGCUGCUGCGAAUACGGUGCUGUAUAUGUAUUGCAAGGCUGUGCAUGGAGAGCUUGCGUUGGAAAUUGCUGAAGAGUUUGCGAGCGAGUAUGUGAGCCUGCCUUUCGAUGAUGGAAAAGUUCCUCAUCUUGUUUCGGUUGCCUAUGUUCGAUGA